AGGCGAUUAUGGCGAAGCCACCGACAUCCAAGACGGCGGAGCUGGACACGACGCUAUACGCCAUCGGCUUCGAGAUCGACGUCGUCUCCGCAGCUAGGGUCAACGGCCGGCUCACCGUCACCGAGAGCUGCUGCCAGCCGUUCAAGGUGCUCCACGGCGGCAUAUCGGCUCUGAUAGCAGAGGCGCUGGCGAGCAUCGGGGCGCACAUCGCGUCCGGGUACCGGCGGGUGGCCGGGAUCCAGCUCAGCAUCAACCACCACCGCAGCGCCCGCGUCGGCGACCGCGUCUUCGCCGAGGCCACCCCGCUCCACGCCGGCAAAACGAUUCAGGUGUGGGAGGUCCAUCUAUGGAAGAUGGAUCAGGCUGGCUCGGAAAAGGGGAUCCUAACAUCCUCAUCAAGGAUCACUCUUCUAGCAAACAUGCCUGUGCCAGACAAUGCAAAAGAUGCAGGAGAACCCUUGAAGAAGUAUGCCAGGCUAUAAGCUCCAGCUGCAUGUACAAGUUGUCACCAAUGGAUGCAAACCCUACUGCAACUGUAGUUUCAGUUUCAGUCUGCUAUUCAGGUGUCCUCACUCCAGGCUACUUCAUACAUGCAACCACAAAAAUGACAUCUAAGAUGUAUUAUGGACAUUAAUGAUAUCCCAAUGCUAAAUAAAUGACCUUAUUACUUGUUGUAUUUA